AUGCUAUGUAAGCAUUGUGCCAUGCGUGACAGAGCUGGGAAACAAAGCUGGCAGGCUCUUCCCACUGAGUAUGUGGCGACCAUCAAUCAGCAUGUUCGAGGCAAUCACAUGUUUGAGAACUGGUGUCCCGUCAUUGUCGAGGCGGCCGAUGGCGAGCAGUCAGUGCUCCAUAUUGACCCGCUGCACAUCCGCCAAGUACGAGCCCGCGUGCGACAGGAGCUUUGUGAUGUGCAGGAGAAGAGGGCGCGUAUGCUUCGGCGCAUCAAUGCGCUGCGUGCAGAGCUGCCUAAGGCCGAGCCAUCAGUCUCCUCUGAGCGGCUGACGAAGGAGCUGCGAGAAGCAGAGGUCCGCAGCCGGGAGCCCCUGGUCCGACCCUUGCCAGCCGGAACGCAGCACCUCUUGGUCUUCGUCGAAACGUCGGCUCACAUGGUCCAGAUGGAUCUGGUGUGUCAGCACCUCAGAACCGAGCUGCCGAAAGAAAUGGAGGCGGCUGGUGUGUCCAUGCUGACCUUGGUGAUGGUAGGAGACAGCUCUCGAAAGACUGCAGGACCGAAGCUGGAGGUUGAAAUCGCGAAGCCAUUGAGCAAGGAGGGGCUCCAGGCAUUCGAAGCGUGGCUUGAUCGUCUUUGUGAUGCACAGUCUGCAGAGGUAGCAGCACGAGCGAAGAGGAAGACGAAAGGCACAAAGAUAGCCCCCAUGGCAGCGAGCCUGGUUCCAGUCGCGAGUUUGACGUGGCAGUGCCAAGGGCCCCCGCCCCCUCGCGCCUGGGUGAAGGCCCGACAGCUUCGGAGAGCCAUCACGGCAGAUGCUUUGGCUGAGACCCAAGAGAUCACCGGAUGUGUCGCACUGCAUCACAGACCCAAGCGGUCCCUGUCCCUUCACGUCCUCGCUCAUGCUUCCAUCAGAAAAAUUUCUAAGACCGGCCGUGGGGCGGCUAUGUUCGUCCUUUGCUCGCCACCAGCAGAUGCAGAGGAGUGCGAGGUGCUCUUGAGACGAAGCGAGUGCAGUUCUCAGUUUGAUCGGCCGUGGGAUCAUCUCACCAUUUGCCUGUUCACCUUGCAGAUCGCAGGGGUGCUGGGAGGUUGUCCGCAGGUUUGCUCGAAGUCCGAAGAGCAGACUUCCUUCUAUCAUGGGAGGGAUGAGGAUCCGGAGAUUUGCUUCGAGCGACUUGUGAAGGUGGCCGCUGCAGGUGAGACUUACUGGACAGCUUUUGCCGUCGACCUGGCACUGUUGCCCCACGGCCCCACGCUCGGCAUCGGCAGCUUCAGUGCCUGCGCUUGGGCUGCACAGGCUGUAAGCGCAGAAGGCCAAAGGCAGCAAGUGAUUUGCCGUUUGGCUGACUGUUUGUUGCCGGGCUCGGAAGACCCUCGGAGCCUCUUCUCGAGAGGCAUUGAAGUUCUCGGCCUCAGCCUCAGCGCGUGGCCUCCGGUCAUGGGCCAGCCGCAGCGAGCGGCCGCACCCGAAAUUUGCCGAGGGUUGCACGAAGCGCUGGGCUUCCGACGAGGUCCUGAUGGCUGCGAUUCCGAUGGAGAAGGCUACUGGCGCUUCCUUUGUGAGCGCCUCGCAGAGGAGACGGAGGUGUACGUACCACCUCUUGCCGGAGUCUCGGCGAGCUAUCGGUGCCUCAUCAAGGAGCUAUACUCCCUGUCCAUGAAAGACAUCCGCAGAGCAGCGGCAAUGGCUUAUGCCCAGAGAGAUGGUUUGGCAAGCUCGGACAUCACGAGCGGCCUCCAUGACGUGGAGGCUGAGGAGUUCAAAAUCGGUGUUGCCGCGCGCCUGCGCCCUGCGGAUGCCAAAGAUGCUUCGGAGGAGGAGGGUGUGGUCUUGCCCUUGCACCAGAAGGCCACUACGGUCUCCAUCGCUUCAGAAGAUGUUCCCGAAGAGCAGGCCGAGCAGGGCCCUGUGGAGUACUUGGCACGAAAUCGCAUCCGGAAUUACUCCAAGUCCGUCCACCUGCAAAGCAAGAUGAAGACAAGCUUCGUGCGAGACGACGCAGAUGAGCUUGAUGGCACAGACACGUGGAGGUACUAUGCCCUGGUGGCGGAGAAGGAGGUUGAAAACAGCAAGCUGGUGGAAGCCCAGCUGGCAGAGGGCAGCGAAGCUGCUCCUCAGCCAUCGUUAACGUACCUGUCUCACACCGUGUGCGAUGCCAUCGAGCAAGGCAUCAUCUGCAAAGAGGACUUCCCUCGAGCAAUUCUGGAGGACAAGCACAGCAAGUACAAUGCCAGCAAGGCCAAAAUCGAAAUGCUCACGGAGCAGCUCGGCAAUGCUCGGCACAUCACAGCACACAAAGACGAGCUCAACCAACGAGGUCACGGAGGAGAUGUGCUGAAAUUCAGUGGGGAUGCCCUGACCAUCCUUUGGCGAGUAGAGGACGAAGGCACCCUGCCGCCGGUGAGCAAAGCCGAUGCAACCUCGCGGCAAGUCGCAGAACUGGUUGAAGCAGCUGUCGUCCCGAUUUCCGGUCUCUAUUCCACAUGCCAUACUGCAAUACAUCGGCAAAGCUCCUCCAGGAAGGUAGGUGCAAAGAAGUCGAGGUCCAGCUUCGGAGCCACGCCCGUGCCCGGCGUGGUUCUGACGCUGCACGUCGGCGUCGGUUUCGGCCCGCUGACACUUUUGCAGCUGGGUGGAGUCCUGGAUCGCUGGGAGUUUUGCGCAGCCGGGCAACCACUGGAGGAGGUGGCGAUCGCAGAACCGUUGGCUCACUCUGGUGAGACAGUUGUCAGCCCGAGUGUUCAGGAGGUACUGGCUUCGAAAGGACAGAACAGCGAGUUCUGCUUCGAGGCUUUUUCAUGGGCUAUUUGUAGGCCGGCUUUCCGGAGCAGCCCGGCUACGCCCUCCUCACCUCCACUGCUGCUCCGCUCGGGAGUGGAAAGGCAGCAAGCGAUGGAUUGA